AUGGUCAAAAAGCUCGUGCGGCUAGUAAUGGCCAGCGAAUACUCGCGCCUGCCCAUCCGGCGUACAGAUAUCAGCGCGAAAGUCCUAGGCGAGCAAGGCUCGCGCCAAUUCAAGCUUGUUUUCGAGCAGGCGCAGAACGAGCUUAGACAUCGAUUUGGGAUGGAGAUGUCCGAGUUGCCGGCUAAGGAGAAAGUUACUAUUUCUCAGCGACGGGCCGCCCAAAAAACCGAAAAACCUUCUAGUACCAAUAAAUCGUGGAUCGUCACUAGCACAUUACCACCUGCCUAUCGAACACCCGCAAUCCUACACCCGCCCAAGGCACCCUCAACCUGGACCGAGAGUACCUACACCGGUCUAUACAGUUUCAUUAUUGCGGUGAUAACGUUGAAUGGGGGCACAUUGGCAGAACAGAAACUGGACCGGUAUCUGGCGCGUAUGAACGCGGAUGUUGGUACCCCGAUUGACAGGACAGAGAAAUUGCUGCAGAGGCUGUGCAAGGAGGGGUAUUUGAUCCGCACCCGUGAGAUGGAUGGCGGCGAAGAAGUUAUUGAGUAUAUUGUUGGGCCGCGGGGUAAGGUUGAGGUCGGGAGUGGAUCUGUCGCUGGGCUUGUUAGGGCUGUUUAUGGGAAGGAGGGUGGUGGGGAUGGGGAUGAGGGGGAGAUUGAGAGGAUGGAACGGGAGGACUUUGAGGGGAGGCUGGGGAGGACGCUUGGGGCUCAUAUUGUGAGGAGGGAGAGUGGGCAUGGGAAUGAGGCGGAGGGUGCAUCUCAGGUUCAUGAAAAUGAGGAGCGGGGAGGGAGACGGUCUACUCGGCAGGCUGAACGGGAGGAUGAAGAUGACGAGGAUGAUUCUGCUGAGGAGAGUGAUUGA